CCUUGACACACUUCCCCCUCGUCACGACUAUUCAUUCUACACAGUCUGUAUAAUCUCACCGUGUGUAUGAUAGAGCUGCCCUUUCUCUCGACUCUCGUCCUUCGCCAUUUCGGUCCUCUGUCGAAUGGCUUACCAUCUUUCUCCAACACCGCCGCCCUUGAUGGACCCUGAAAACACAACCACCAUUCACUCCCCUCAACGAUCCCCUUCUCCUCCGACCCAGCCUCUCUCCAAGCGUGACAAACGUCGUAAUCAACAUGCCGCCCAUCAGAACGAUCUCUAUGCCGAGUUCUCGGCCAACCGGGAACAACACUACCGGGAGCAGCUCAUUGCUCUCCAGACCGACAUGAACCUCAUCACUCAAGCCGAUCCCUACUACCCCGAGCUUUUGGAAGACUCUCCCGAAGAGGUGGCUAGAAUUGCAGAGGUUGCUGCGUCUGGCACACCGUAUCAAUCCCAGAUGUCGUCACUGGCUGGCAAGUGGUACGCAGAGUUUGUGAACGAGGUCAACGACGCAAAAGAAGCCAAAGAGCUCGCGCUGAUCCAAUUAAUGAAUGCACACCAAGCUCGUCUUGAACGGCUCAAGUACGAAUGCGACUAUCGUCUCCACCUUGCCGCCGAAGAAUGCGAGCAUAUGACCAAUACCCUGCGUGAACGCCUCUUUCAGUCUCUCUCCAGUAAACGUCAACGUCUGAUGAAGGAGAAAGAACAACUCGACAUCGCAGACACCAACGCCCUCCUCCUUCAUCCAAGCCAGUUCAGCAUCACCAACCCUGCCAGCCCUGGUGGCCACACUACCAGCCGCAAGACUCGAUUCACCCGCCACCGAGAGCAAGAAGAUCUAAAUGGAGUGGAUGGAAACGGCAAGCGCAAGCGCAAGUUUGCCGACGACGACUUUGGCUCGCCUUCCCGCAAUGGCGUGUCCACCCCCGGAGACCGUUCCAGGGCUGCGACCGCCCACCAAACAGCUCCAGUCUACUCCAUCAACUCUCUCUUUACAGAAAAAGAGCUCAACUUGCAGUCCCACCAGGCUCAGAUUGCUGCUCACCACUUCUUUGCCACUUCACGCAAAGAAGGUGAAGCAACAAACGCACGAAAGCGUGGGCGCGAUCGAGACGAUGCAGACAAACAAGAUGGGUCAGGGGAUGACUCUGUAUCAGAAGAAGAUGAAGAGCUGGAAGCCCCGGCCAUGGAUCGGUCAGCGAGUCAAAAUGUUCAUGUCACAAGAUCCACGCGGACCAUUGGUGGACUGAGUGCUCUCAACACCUUGAGUGACCUGGCAGAAAAGGCAGCGACCCGACCCGCCCUACCGUACGCAACACUUCACACACAUCAAGGCCGAUCAGGAACAUUCCUUCCCCAGCCGAGUCGACUGCUGCAGGAAGAACUCGAGGAGGACCUGUUGAAGCUUGCACAAACCGAGGGUCUACCACCGGGCACGGUGGACAAAAAGGCUGUAGAGGAUGCGCUUAAGCCACUUUCGGAGGGCUGGAGCAACCUGGCGCCUGACUGGCCUGUGUACAUGGAUGUUCAUCUCGUCGAGGUGGAUCCGAGGCAGGCUGGGGCAUGAAUGAGGUGACAAAGUAUGCAGUGUCUAUCCCAACCUAAUGCGGAGAUUGUGAGGGAGAAAGACCACGGUGGGAGCACCAGUGUAACGCUACAUCGAAGACAGCCGAGUGCCAGAGAUAUUCAUAGAGAACGAGACUGGAUAUAGGUGCAAGGAUAUGAAUGACGCAUCACAAAUCUUUGACCUGAUAGGAAAUAAGCCGGUGUGGUUGUGGGCGAGCUCAACUUAUUUCUAAACUACGGAGUAGUGUGUCCAGGGCAUCUCCGGGGGUGCGGGGUUACCGCGGGAGCGCCAUGGGCAGGGUUCGAG